UCCCUCCGUCGCCAUUCUUUCUCCUCGAGUUCUUGCCCCAGUUCUCCAAUCUCAUAUCAGUCUAUCAGUACACAAUGGAGUAGAUAUUGUUCUAUUCUAGGUUAGAAAACCUCUACUAGAGAUUUCGCAUCCGCUUUCUAGCCAUGAAGCAGCCGUAGCUAAAUCCCCAUCUGAUUGUAGGCUGGAAUCAGAAAAAUUUAGAGAGUUCUAUCAAAUUUGGUAUCCUUUGGCACAGAUCUUAUCCGAUACUCUAUCCAUUGUUGCCUCAAGUAACCAACUAAGGUAAUUAUGGAAAGUCAAAUGGACACAGUGCCUGCCAGUUUUAUGGAACUACUAAACAUGGUUGAACAUCCUAUUACAAAUUUCAAUCAACCGAAUACUGAAAACUCAAUACCUGAAGAGAGUUCAUGUUAUUCUGAUAGACCUUAUUUCUCCGAAGACAAUGAUGUACUUUCCAGACCUAACCUAAGGGUUGAAACUUGUGAUUAUGUCGAUGACUCAAACGAAGUAGAGUCACGUCUACAAUGUAGGAAAGACACUGUCGAACUUCCAGAUAAGAUGUUUAUGCCCGAAAAUCUAGAUGAGAACUAAUUUUCUGCAUACAAUGUUCAGACUGAAGAGUCAGAUUCAAAUGAACGAUUCCUCGAAGGAGGACAAGUUGGAGCUGUUGAAAAUGGAAUUAGAAGUUAUUGUGAAGACACAUCUGUGCAAAUGUUAAGGCCGGUUGUUGGUAUGAAGUUUUCAUCAAUUGCAGAAGCAUAUGACUUCUACAAUACUUAUUCUUGGGUACUUGGUUUCAGUAUUAGGAAUGGUGAUAAUUAUAUCACCAUUCAGACUCGCGUACAGACAAUGCAGGAAUUCACUUGCCAACGAGCCGGAUUCAGCAAGAAUACUAAAUAUGCAACUACUAGAUGUGGUUGCAAGGCAACACUCAGGGUAAAUCUGAAUGAAAAUUCUGAAUAGUAUGUCAGAGUUUUUCGUGAAGAACACAAUCAUGCCCUUGUGGAAUCUUGCAGCGAGAAGAAACACCUCCAUUCACAUCAACACAUUGACAAGCCAAUUAGAGACUUAAUAAAGAAUCUUAGAGAGAACAAUGUAUCACUAACAAGGGUUAAUUCUAUAGUUGCUGGUUUCUAUGGAUCAACAAAGAAAGUUCCAUUCUGUAAGCGGAAGUUACGUACAGUUUGUUCACAGAUUGCUAGUGAAACGCUUCAGGACGACAUUGCUAAAACACUGGAGAACUUCUGUGAUAUGAUUGCACUGGACGAUAGAUUUGCUUUUUGUGCUCAGGUGGAUGAUGACAACAGGCUAAAAUCACUAAUGUGGACUAGUGGAAGGAGUAGAUCAUUAUAUAAUCACUUUGGAGAUGCAAUAACUUUUGACACUACGUAUGGAACAAAUAUCUACAAAAUGCCAUUUGGUAUGUUUGUAGGGGUUAGUAACCACUUUGAGAGUGUAAUCUUUGCUGGAGUGUUCUUGACUAAUGAGAAGGAAGAGAAUUUCCGUUGGGCUUUUAAGCAAUUUGUUGCUAUGAUGGGUGGAAAACCACCAAUUACAAUUCUUACAGAUCAGGCUAGAGCCAUUGGAAAUGCAGUCAUUCAAGAGCUUCCUAAUGCAGAACAUAGAUGGUGCAAAUGGCACGUUCUGAAGAGGGCUCAUGAACUUCUGGGAGCUGUUUACAGCAAGCAUAAAACAUUUGCCGAUGAUUUCCAUAAGCUAGUCAACCACAUGCUAACUAUAAAGGAGUUUGAAGAUGCAUGGCAAUUUGUUACGGAAAAGUAUGGUUUACAGGAGCAUCCUUUCAUGACUAGAGCCUACGAGUGUAGGCACAAAUGGGCAAAACCAUACUUUAGUAAAGUAUUUUGUGCUAGAAUGUGUAGCACUCAACGUAGUGAAUGUGCAAACUUUAUGCUGAAGAUACAUAUUGUAUGUAAUUCUUCAAUAAAUGCAUUCAUUACACAGUACACAAAGCUUAUAGACGAUCGUGAGAGUUGUGAUGCAGAUGCUGAAAGGAAAAACAAACAGAAAAUAAUAAAGGUCCAUUUUGGAUAUCCAAUGGAGAAGCAUGCUUCAGUUAUAUAUACAGCAAAGGUUUAUAAUCUAUUCAAGAAGGAGCUCAUUAAGUCUACAUCAUACCUUGUGCUUCCUAGUCUGGAGGAACAUACAUUUGUUGUGAAGCAUGUCCAGGUGGAGGCUAGGGAAUCAUGGUCUAAAGUAAUUUACAAAAUCAAAGUAGAUGAGUCAAUUGGAUAUUACACAUGUGAAUGUGGACUUUACGAACAUUUUGGUGUUCUGUGUAGCCACGUCCUUGCGGAAAACAAUGAAGUUGUUGAAUCAUGUGUUCAAAUAGUUGAUACCGCAAGAAACAUUUCAAUUCCUGCUUCUUCAAUUCUUGCACCUGCUAUAAUGAAGAGGAAUGGUAGACCAUCCAAUAAAAGGUACAUGUCUAGCAUGGAAGCUAACAUCAAGAAGAAGAGAACUGGGAAAAAACCAGACCCAAAGAACAAACAAGCUGGUGGUGUGAUGGGUGUUGUCCAGUCAAGUUGUAUAGUAUGA